GUGGUGAAACUGCAGGAGGAACAGGUUUGGAAGGCACAGGUGACAGAGUUUGCCACUGCGUUGGAUGUAGGGUGUGAGAGAAAGACAGGAGCCAAGAACGACUUCAAGGGUUCAAGCCUGAAAAACUGGUUGAAUGAAUUUGCCAUUUCCCAGGUGGUGAAACUGCAGGAGGAACAGAUCAUCCGAAAAGCCCUUACUGAGGAAAAACGUGUCUCAACAAAAACAUCAGCUGCAGAUCUCGUGACAGAAACGGAUCACCUUGUGGAAGAUUUAAUUAUUUCUGAAUUGCGAAAGAGUUUUCCUACACACAGGUUCAUCGCAGAAGAGGCCGCAGCCUCUGGGGCCAAGUGUGUGCUCACCCACAGCCCAACCUGGAUCAUUGACCCCAUCGAUGGCACCUGCAACUUUGUGCACAGGUUCCCAACCGUGGCAGUCAGCAUCGGGUUUGCUGUUCACCAGGAGCUUGAAUUUGGAGUGAUUUACCACUGCACAGAGGAGCGACUGUACACGGGCCGGAGGGGCCGGGGUGCCUUCUGUAAUGGCCAGCGGCUCCGGGUCUCCGGGGAGACAGAUCUCUCAAAAGCCUUGGUUCUAACAGAAAUUGGCCCCAGACGUGACCCUGCCACCCUGAAACUGUUCCUGAGCAACAUGGAGCGGCUGCUCCACGCCAAGGCUCAUGGGGUCCGUGUGAUCGGAAGCUCCACCUUGGCGCUCUGCCACCUGGCCUCAGGGGCAGCAGAUGCUUACUACCAGUUUGGCCUGCACUGCUGGGACCUGGCAGCUGCCACAGUCAUCAUCAGAGAGGCGGGCGGCAUUGUGAUGGACACUUCGGGUGGACCCCUUGACCUCAUGUCUUGCAGAGUGGUUGCUGCUGGCACCCGCGAGAUGGCGAUGCUCAUAGCUCAGGCCUUACAAACUAUUAACUAUGGGCGGGACGACGAGAAGUGAGAG